UUUGCAUCCUUGUUUCCUGAUCCAAUCAGGUUUGUUUUUUUUCGUUUUUCAUGCUGGUUAUUUUGUCCUUUCCUUUUGCUGACCUGCACAGCCUCCCGCCCGGUGGAGAACCAGCUGUGCACGGGUCCGAUCCCAAACAGAUCCCAGCUCUGCCAGAUCCCCUGUCCCAUCGACUGCGAGGUGUCACCGUGGGGGGCCUGGGGUCCGUGCAUCUUUGAGAACUGCAACGAUCAGACCGGAAGGAAAGGCUUCAAACUGAGGAAACGACAGAUUACCAAAGAACCAACCGGGGGCCCAGGAAGCUGCCCUCACCUAGUAGAGGCCAUGCCAUGUGAUGAACCCAGCUGCUACAAAUGGCAGCUGGUCAGCCUGGACAGGUGUAUUCCUGAUGACGGGAAGCAGUGCGGCCCUGGAACUCAGCUGCCUCAAGUUCAAUGCAUCAGCAGUAACGGGGAGCUGGUGGACAGAGGCCUGUGCUCCUCCUCGGCCGUCUUGGAGCCCGUUUCCUGUGAGGUGCCCUGUGCCAGAGACUGCGUGCUCAGCGACUGGACGCCGUGGUCGACCUGCUCCCAGACCUGCUCCAGCAAAACCGUGGAGGGCAAGCAAAUGAGGACCCGCUCCAUUCUGGCCUACAACGCCGGGGAAGUCACUGCGAUGGUUGUGGCGUGGAUCACAGUGAUGGAGGGUCUGUCACGGGUGCCCCAGUUCCCAGAACUUUACGGCGGCUCCCUGUGUCCGAACAGCAGCGCCCUGCAGGAGGUGCGGAACUGUAACGAACACGCCUGCAUCGUUUACCACUGGCAGACGGGGCCCUGGGGUCCGUGCACCGAGGACCCCUCCACCGCACCGCUCAACACCUCCGCAGGGACGCGUCCCGCCGCGGACGCUCAGGGCCUCUGCUCCAUGGGAGUGCAGACCCGGAAGGUCAUGUGCGUCCGGGUCAACGUGGGACAGGUGCCACCCAAAAAGUGUCCUGAAGGCCCGCGCCCAAGCACGAUGCGACCGUGUCAGCUGCCUUGCAAGAAGGACUGCAUCGUGACUCCUUUCAGCGACUGGACUGAGUGUUCGGUUUCCUGCGAUUCAGGUGGUGAAGCUGUGAAGAGAAAGCAAUCAAGGAGGCGUCUGGUCAUCCAGACUCCUUCUAAUGGAGGACAGGAUUGCCCGCUGGUGCUUGAAGAGGAGAGGGACUGCGAGGUCCCCAAAGUCUGUCCCGGCUUCAGGUGGAAAACUCACAAGUGGAGGAAGUGCCAACUGGUUCCCUGGGUUCUGAGAAAGGAAACCCCAGGCGCUCAGGAGACGUGCGGACCCGGCCUUCAGACCCGAGCUGUGUCCUGCCGCCAGCUGGACGGGACGCAGGCCGCCAUCAGCGAGUGCCUGAAGUCCGCCAAGGCCAUGCCCACCAUCACUCAGCGCUGUCAGCUUCCCUGCCAGGAUGACUGCCAGUUAACCAACUGGUCCAAGUUCUCGUCCUGCACAGCUGACUGUGUGGGGGUCCGCACCAGAAAGAGGGCAUUGAUAGGGAGAAGCAAAAAGAAGGACAAGUGCAAAAACACGCAGAUGUACCCUCUGAGCGAGACGCAGUACUGUCCCUGCGACAAGUACAACGCCCAGCCGGUGGGGAAGUGGUCUGACUGCAUCCUGCCAGAGGGGGGGAGGGCCGAUGGCACCGCGGCAAUGAAGGUCCAGGGAGACGUCAAGGAGUGCGGACAGGGCUACCGCUACCAGGCCAUGGUGUGCUACGACCAGGACAGCCGGCUAGUGGAGACCUCACGCUGCAACAGCCACGGUUACAUCGAGGAGGCGUGCAUAAUCCCCUGCCCAUCGGACUGUAAACUCAGCGAGUGGUCCAACUGGUCCCGCUGCAGCAAGUCCUGUGGGAGUGGAGUGAAAGUGCGCUCCAAGUGGCUUCGGGAGAAACCGUACAACGGAGGCCGGCCGUGUCCGAAACUGGACCACAUCAACCAGGCCCAGGUGUAUGAGGUGGUGCCGUGCCAGAGCGACUGCAGUCAGUACGUCUGGGUCGCCGAGCCGUGGAGCGUUUGGAAAGUCAGCAACGUGGAUCUGAAGGAGAACUGUGGGGAGGGAGUCCAGACCCGGAAAGUCAGGUGCAUGCUGAACACGGUGGACGGCCCGUCGGAGGCCGUGGAGGAUUACCUGUGCGACCCGGAGGAGAUGCCACUGGGAGCCAGGGAGAGCCGGCUGCCAUGUCCGGAGGACUGCGUCCUGAACGACUGGGGCGCUUGGAGCCGCUGCAGCAUGCCCUGCAGCAGGAACAACAGCCGCGUGCGGACGGCGUACGCCCUGCGGUACCCCGGCGUGGGCCGGCAGUGCCCGGAGCUGUCCGACAGAGAGCCGUGCAGUCUGAACCUCAACUGCUUCAACUACUUCUACAACAUCACAGACUGGAGCACUUGUCAGCUGAGCCCCAACGCCGUUUGUGGAAGCGGCAUCAAGACCCGGAUGCUCGACUGCGUUCGCAGUGACGGCAAAUCUGUAGAUAUUAAAUUCUGCGAGGAGCUGAGUUUGGAGAAGAACUGGCAGAUGAAUGUCUCGUGCACCGUCGAGUGUCCCGUCAACUGCCAGCUGUCAGAGUGGUCGGUCUGGUCCGAAUGUUCGCAAACCUGUGGGCUGGAGGGUAAGAUGCAGAGGCAGCGCACGGUGGUUCAGGCCUCGCAGGGCGACGGCCGGCCGUGUCCGGCCCAGAUGGAGCAGUGGAAACCCUGCCCGGUUCGACCCUGCUACCAGUGGCAGUACAGCCCCUGGUCGGAGUGUCGGGUCGAGAGUGUGGUGUGCGGACACGGCACUCGCUACAGGAACCUGUCCUGCUUCGUGUCGGAUGGGUCCGGCGACAGCGAGAGCAGCAUGGUGGACGAGGAGCUGUGCAGCAGCCUGGAGCUGGCCAUCAACGGAGACAAGAAGAUCAUACUGAAAGAAGCUUGUACCCUCCCAUGUCCAGGCGAAUGCUACCUGAUGGAGUGGUCUGACUGGAGCUCAUGUGUCAACAUCUGUGUGAAAGGAGCCGGCGUGGACUUCGGCUCCGUUCAGGUCCGGUCCCGAGCCGUCCUGGCCCAGGAGCCUGAAAACCUGCAGCUGUGCCCAGACCAGGCUUGGGAGUCGCAGCCCUGCACAGGAGGCGAAUGUUUCGAGUAUAAGUGGUUCAGCAGCGGCCGUCCGAACUCCAGCCGUCCGGCUGUUUGGUGUCAGCGCUCGGAUGGGCUCAACGUCACCGGUGGUUGUCCUGCGAUGAAUCCUCCAGUGGACAACAGCUCCUGUGACCCUCCCUGUCUCAUGACGAAGUCUUUCUGCAGCGAGGCCGGGGUGUGCAUGUGCGAGGAGGGCUUCACAGAGGUCCUGUCGCCUGCGGGUCAGCUGGACCAGUGCACCCCGAUCCCGAUUCUGGAGAUUCCCACUGCAGGUGACAAGAAGGGGGACGUAAAGACCAGUCGUGCCAUUAACCCCACGCUGCCCACCACCAUCCAGCCGGGACGCACGGGCCGGACCUGGUACCUGCAGCCGUACGGACCAGAUGGGAAGCUGAAGAUGUGGGUGUACGGUGUAGCAGCAGGAGCCUUUGUUCUCCUCAUUUUCAUAGUGUCUAUGAUAUACCUAGCUUGCAGCGCGUGCGUCAAGGUGCAUCGCUCUCUUAAGGCCCAAGAGUCUGACGCCAACGGUACGGCGGUGUGGAUGGGCCAGAACUCUCACGAGAUGGUUUACACGUGUCCCGAGUGCCAAGAGCUGGCUCAGAGCAAUAGUAGCUAAAGAGGAUGCGGAGGGCUCAGACCCACCCCGACUCUCCCUCCACUAUAAGCACCAGCAGUCCCUCAGUUUCCCUGUGAGCUCAAAGUGUCCCGUGUUCUGCCUGAGAGGCUGGGGGAAGGUCCAG